UUUUUUUUAAAUCUCAUUAUUGCUUCGUAAACUUUUGGUACCUGCUUAGGAAUGGGUACCUAAGGAGCAACACGCUUAUCCCCUUACCGAGGAUCCAAUUCGAAGGAGUUCACAUCCAUACCGGACCUGGUAGUUUAAUACUCACAAUACUGAGGUUGUGAGGGAAUACGUAUUCCCGUCUGAGUAAGCACCCACCCCCCAGAUACCUAGGUACUCAAGUUUCGGUAAGAGCUUAGCGUUCAUUGCCCCACCAUUGGCCGCAUGUAGCCGGGACAAUUCUUUGCUCCAGUCUACCGUACCGAGGAAAUACAUGCAAAUCACUAAUUGAACCUGCAACAAUAUGUACCUACUAAACUACUAAAUGCUAGGCUAUCCUUCUUUAUUACCUAAGUCGAUAGCUCUCCAAUUUCAAAUGUUCUUAACAACUUCUCUAUCUUAGCUACCUAGGUAUGUAGAUAUAUAUAUACCCCAUGUUUUUAUUCGAUAGCUUUUGACCUUCCCCCGCCAUAGACCCCACCGUCCUCUUAUAGACAGCCUGCGAUCGAGAAAAAGAUGUCUUCUGUUCAUCGUGGUCUUCGAUCUGCCUCCCGAUCACUGCGCUUACAUCCAGGAACCACCUUGCAAAAAACCGCUCCUCUAAGCCUUUCUUCACGGGCAGCGUCUGCGAAACUCGGAGCUUCUACGUUACUAUCACGCCCCGCCUACACCGUCCACUCCCUUUCCUCCUCCUUCUCUACCACCGCCACGCGCCAGUCUGCUCCUGCAAUGCCUCAAGAAGCAAGAGAAUACGACACUGAGAUUAGGGAUAUCGCUAGUUAUGUCACCAAACCGAUCCGGUCCGAAUUAGCUUUUGACACUGCGCGAUGGGUUUUCCUCGAUACCUUAGGAUGCGGACUCGAGGGUCUCCGUUUCAAGGAGUGUGCUAAGCUGCUCGGUCCCGUUGUCCCGGGUACUAUCGUUCCUAAUGGCACCAAGGUGCCCGGUACCGACUUUAUCCUCGACCCCGUAAACGGUGCCUUCAAUAUCGGUGCUAUGAUCCGAUGGCUCGAUUACAACGACUGUUGGUUAGCUGCCGAAUGGGGCCACCCGUCCGACAACUUGGGAGCUAUCCUGGCCGUCGCUGACUGGGUCAAUCGCACCAAUAAGGCGGGGGGUAACCUCGCCGGAGGCAAGACCUUUAACAUCAAGGAUGUUCUCGAGGGUAUGAUUAAAGCACACGAGAUCCAGGGCUGUCUGGCGCUACUUAAUUCCUACAACAAGGUUGGACUAGACCACGUUGUAUUGGUUAAGGUUGCCAGCGCAGCAGUCGUGUCUCAUAUGCUUGGGUUGAGCGAGAAACAGAUUGCCGAUGCUGUUACUCAGGCCUGGGUGGACGGCCAAAGUCUACGGACGUAUCGGCACUCCCCAAACACCAUGUCCCGAAAGUCAUGGGCCGCCGGCGACGCCUGCCAGAGAGCUGUGAACCUCGCCUUGAAGGUUAUGAAAGGCGAACCUGGUAUUCCCACCGUUUUGUCUGCGCCUGUGUGGGGUUUCUAUGAUGUUUUAUUCAAGGGCAACAAAUUUGAAUUCCAGCGUCCCUACGGCAGCUACGUGAUGGAGAAUGUUCUUUUUAAAGUCUCGUAUCCAGCCGAAUUCCAUUCGCAGACAGCCGUGGAGGCUUCCCAGAAGAUUCACAACAAGCUGAAAGAAUUGGGCAAGUCGGCAGCUGAUAUUAAGGGCAUUACGUGCAGAACGCAUGAGGCGUGCAUUCGAAUCAUUGAUAAGCAAUUUAAGCCUAUGGACAACUUUGCGGACCGCGACCACUGUAUCCAGUACAUGUGCUCGGUGAUGCUUGUGUUUGGACGUCUUGAAGCGACUGACUAUACAGACGGCGGCGAGGCGGCGACGUCGCCCUUAGUUGAGUCCCUCCGCAAGAAGAUUAAGUGUGUCGAGGACCCGCAAUUCACCAAGGAUUACCAUGACCCGGAAUUGCGAACCAUCUCCAAUGCGCUGACGGUGGAAUUAAACGACGGUACCGUCCUAGACGAAGUAGUUGUGGAAGCCCCGUUGGGACAUCGUCUAAGGAGAGACGAGGCCAAACCACAUAUAUUGGCCAAGUACAAGCGACACUUGGAACCACACUUCUCUGAGUCGCAAGUUAAGGAAUUGGUGGAGUUGGGUAUGGACGGUAAAAAGCUAGAGGCUACGGCGGUCGACGAGUACGUUGACAAGUAUGUGGUGAAGAACAGUCCUUUUAUCUAAAUAGAUUUGCAAUUUAUGUAUGUAGAUUAAGAUGGCGUUGGAAGCUAUUUGCAUGCCUACGUGUACCAUACAUAUAUAUAUAUCUACUUACAGAUAUGUUCUUACUUCCCGAUGUCUACAUGUGUACAUACCUAUAAUUAUGUAAGUUGCACAUACAUUAAAUAUAUUAUGUAGG